AUGAAUAUGAUGGGCACCGGCAGCUCAAUCGAGGGACACCUCCGAGAUCAAGCUAUAGAGAAAUACAUUGGGUCAGCCAUGAGCUCCCAUGCCCUGGGAGAUGAACAAUACCUGGAUAUAUUAGGCCAGGAGUUCAAUUGCAUGACACCUGAGAAUGCGAUGAAAUGGGGAUUACUGGAGACCAGUGAAGGACAGUAUAACUGGACAACGGCCGACACAAUGGUGGAGUUUGCACAGACACAUGACAUGAAGAUUAGGGGACACACCUUCCUAUGGCACAAUGAGUUACCUUCAUACGUGAGUGCACUUGAUGGCAAAACGGCUGAGCUCGAGGAAGUGGUCACAAACCAUAUUAAUACAGUGGCCGCACAUUAUAAAGGUAAGAUCUACGCGUGGGAUGUCGUCAAUGAGGUGCUCAAUGAGGACGGGUCGGGCAAUAAGCUCAGGGACAGCAUAUUUUCGCGAACUCUAGGCUCCGGUUUCAUUGAGGAGGCUUUCCGUACGGCACACGCGGCCGACCCUAACGCC